CACAUGCGUCCCCACCGAAAUACUGCAUACGUUCCACACGUUUUUCAGAAAUAAAAGUCAGAUCGAUUUUCAAACAAUGCCGAAAGCCAAAAAGAAAAGUAAAAGAAACACGUUUGAUUACAGUAAAGAUAGAAAGAAACUGAAAAAGCAGUUUAAGAAAAGGGAAGCCCCGAGAAUUGAGUGUCCUCAGAUCCGAAAUGCCUGGAGUGACAAGAAGUCUGUGGCAAGGAACUUGCGAGACAUGGGUCUGGCAUUUGACCCUAACCGUGCCCUCCCAAUUAAGACACUGACCUUUGCUGCUGUGGAGAGAACUGAAGAAGCUCCCACCCUCAAAUUUGUAAGGAAGCCAUACGUUCUCAAUGAACUUGUAGCAGAGGCCAAUCUCCCAGAGAAAGACACAAAGACUUUAUCCACAGACUUGAUAGAGUAUGUGCAGUACAUGAUCAGGGAACACAGUGAGAACUACAAGGCUAUGGCCAGAGAUGAGAAGAACUAUUACCAGGACACGCCCUCACAGAUCAGGAGGAAAGUGGACCAGUAUAAACGCUGCCAUCCAGAGGAAUACAACAUCUUUGUGGAGUUUCUCAAAGGUGGGAAACCUGUUUCCACAUAACUGGGCCUGUCUGUGGUGGUCAAAGAUCUUCAAUGUAGAGAGGGAUCAUUACUCUUCAUCAGUGGAGGCAGUCUGGGAGUGCUGACUCGCAAUUAUUUUGUUACUUUGAUGGACAGAGGGAGUCAUGGUGCAUUCAGCAACUCUCCUUCAAUCAGA